AAUGAGAAUGAGUGGGGGCCAGCGGCUAGUUGGGCUCCGUGGAUAGCCUCCGCUAGGCGAGGCGGUAGCAGGUGGCACCGGCUCACGCUCGCGGUGAGAAGAGUCUCAGUCCGGCUCCAGAGAGGACUCGCAGCGCCACGCCGACGAGCCAGUUGUCCAGAACUGACUUGGAACACUAACACCCGAGGAUGCUGUCUCCGUCCCUCUGCGUGGCUUUGGCGGUGCUCGCUGUUGCCAACGGCGCGCCGCCCAAAGCGAGCGACGUGACCAAGGUGGCGCUCAACUCGGGGUCCUCCAUGCCCAUCGUGGGGCUCGGCACGUGGCAGGUGGCCGAUGAACGCGAAAUGGAGAAGGCUCUGGACGCCGCCCUGGAGGCCGGCUACCGCCACUUCGACACCGCCACCGUCUACUUCAACGAGCACCUGAUCGGCAAGGUGCUCAAGCGGUGGCUGUCGGAGGGCAAGUUGAAGCGCGAGGACUUGUUCAUCACCACCAAGCUCCCCGUCAACGGCAUGAGGGCUUCGGACGUGCCAUACUUCCUCAACCAGUCCCUCGCCAAGCUGCAGCUGGACUACGUCGACAUGUACCUGAUCCACGCGCCGUUCGGCGUGAAGCGCGAUGCUGGCCACAACGGCGUCCACUUCGACGACAACUCCGUGGACCCCACGACGGACCACCUGGCCAUCUGGAAGGCCAUGGUGGCCGAGAAGGAGGCCGGGCGCGCCAAGGCCCUGGGCGUGUCCAACUUCAACGAGACCCAGAUCGAGCGCAUCAUCAAGAACAGCCCCGUGCCGCCCGCCAACCUGCAGGUCGAGCUGCACCUGCAGCACCAGCAGAAGCCCCUCGUCGCCUUCUGCAAGAAGAACAACAUCGCCGUGACGGCGUACUCGCCCAUCGGCAGCCCCGGCACCCAGGCCGUCGUCGACUCGAGGAGGGUACCUCCGAAUCUGUUGAACCUGCCCCAGGUCAAGGCCAUCGCCCAGAAGCACAACAAGACCCCCGCACAGGUGCUCCUGCGCCACAUCACACAGAAGGGCAUCAUCGUCAUCCCCAAGAGCUCCAACCCCAAGCGCAUCAGCGAGAACAUCGACAUCUUCGACUUCACCCUGGACGACGAGGACGUCGCCACCCUGGACGCCAUGGACAGGGGCAUCGACGGCCAGCUCUUCCUCCUCAAGAACUUUAUCCCCGGAGUGGAGUUCCACCCCGAGUACCCCUGGGAAGCAUUCCGCAUCGAGCCCAUCGCCUAGGCGCUCGCCUCGCAGUGCAGUUGCAGACCGUCGCUUUCAACUUCCUUCACGCUCUGCUGGGCUCACACCUCAGCAUCUCCAAGGCAACCUAACCUACAGAAGCCGUGAUUGUUUUCUGCUCAUUUCUGAUUUUUCAAAGAUUAAAUGAUGAUCGCAUA